AUGGAGGCAGCUGACAGUAGGUACACUCCCCAGCAGGACACGAUGAAAGCAGUGUUGAUUCUCACAGUGGCUGCUGCAGCAGCAGCUCAGUACUACGGCACCUACGGACAUGGUGGAUAUAGUGCUGGUCCACUUGCCAGUAAACUUGUAGGCGGUGGUCACAUUGGAGGUACAAGUGUUGGUAUUGGCGGUGGUCUGGGCGUUGGCGGUGGUCUUGGCGUUGGCGGUGGUCUUGGCGUUGGCGGUGGUCUGGUCGGUGGGUACGGAAAGGUGGACUUAAGUGUUGGUGAGAGCGACUACCACUUCUCGUGGCGUCACGACGGAGGCAAGAAGUAUGACUGGCAUACUGCUAACUAUUACUGCUACAGUCUGGGCAAGGGAUGGCAGGGCGUCAGCAUUGAGACUCCAGAAGAGGACAAAAUCAUCUCAGGCAUCAUCUACAAAGACAAGCUGGAGUACAUCUGGACUGGUGGUUACCGUAGUGGCUACGACUUCGCCUGGCCUUCUGGCUAUCCCUUCUACGGAAUUAACUGGUCUUACACUGGCAGUGAGGGAUUACCUCAACCAGACAACGCUGAGGAAGGGAAGGAGUUCUGUCUGGCAGUUCUUAACAAUUUCUACAACGACGGCAUCAAAUGGCACGACGUUGCUUGCUACCACCCAAAGGCCAUCAUCUGCGAGCGUCGCGCUUACAAGCUCUAUGGCUGAGCUCCCUUGACUCCCUCCCACCUCACGUGGGCUCAUAUUGCUGAUUCUUUGAGACAAAGUGGAAACUUGAUAGUCUUGGAUGUUGAUCACAUAUUUUAUAUCUAAAAAUCUAAUAAAUUUA